AUGAUGCCAAGUUUGAGUGAUUUAGUAAAGAGUUUAAGUAUUGCAAACGAAAGUAAAGACUAUAUUUCAUGUGAAAAGCUUUUGGGGCCAAUUAAGGUAGAGCUGAUAAAGGCUGGGUUAUUAAUCCAUGACAUGAAUCAAAGCUGUAUUGAAAAGGCUGAGAGAGACUCCACAUAUCUAAAUGAUUUAAAUAUUGCCAAACAUAUCUUAGAAAUUGGUGCAUUGGUUAGCAUUCAUACUUUAAAUUUUGAAUCAUUUCAAAAUUAUUUCUCCCAAUUAAGAGUAUAUUAUUUCAGUAACUAUAGUAAGGUAAAUGAAUCUUCUGAAAAGUCCAAAUUGAUUAGUUUGAAUUUAUUAAUCUUCUUAUCAAAUGGUGAUAUUACUAAAUUUCAUUCUGAAUUAGAAUAUUUGAGCAAAAUUAUUCCAAAUCUUGAGGAAGAUCAAUUAUAUUCUUAUCCUAUUAAACUAGAGAAAUGGUUGAUGGAAGGUGCCUAUCAAAGGGCUUGGGAUUUGAUUGAAUCAGGUUCUAAAGUUCCUGAAUUUUCUAUUUUUACAGAUACAUUAGGAAAAGCUAUUAGAGAAGAAAUUGCUCAAAAUACAGAAUUAGGUUAUUCUGAACUACCACUUUCAAAUAUAAAGGCUUUAUUAUUUUUUAAUAGUGAGAAAGAUGUAGAAGGUUUCGCAUUAGAGAGGGGCUGGAAUAUUAGUAAUGGUAUUAUUAAAUUCCAAAACGAUGAAAUAUCCGAACCAACAGAAGCUAAAUCAUCUAAUAUUGAAAAGGGAUUAAACUAUGCCAUUAAUUUAGAGAAUAUUGUAUAG